AUGAGCUGGGAGGAGAAGCAGCACCCAGAGAUCAAGUUGGAGCAGCCAAUGUGCAGUCCCAAGGGAGAGGAGGAGGAGGAGGAGCAAAAAGAUUACAAGAUGGAGAAUGAUGAUACUGAAGAGCAUGAUGACUGUGAGGAGGAUGAGUAUGAAGAGGAGGAUAAUGAUGAGGAUGAAGAGCAGGUGAAGCACCACUGCCUCCAAAUUGGCAUCCAGCCCUUUGUCUGUGGUGACUGUGGGAAGAGGUUCAGCAAGAGCUGUGACCUCACCAUCCACCGCCACACCCACACUUGUAAGAGUCUGUACAGCUGUGCUGACUGUGGCAAGAGCUUCAAACACGACUCCUACCUCAAGAUCCACCGCCGCCUCCACACCGGAGAGAAGCUGUUCCCCUGUGCUGAGUGUGGCAAGAGCUUCACCACCAGCACUGCAUUCAUCCAACAUCAACUCAUCCACAGCGGUGACCAACCAUACAGCUGUGCCGACUGCGGCAGGAGCUUCAACAGCAGGUCUGCCCUCACCAUCCACCGCCGAACUCACACGGGUGAGAGGCCUUACAGCUGUGCUGACUGUGGCAGGAGCUUCUCUCAUAGAUGUGCCGUCAAGCAGCACCGCACUGUGCACAGCACUGAGAAGUCCUUCAACUGCAGGGACUGUGGCAAGAGCUUCAAAAGUAGGUCCUACCUCACCAUCCACCGCCGCAUCCAUACUGGAGAGAGGCUGUUCCCCUGUGCUGAGUGCGGCAAGAGCUUCACCACCAGCACCGCAUUCAUCCAGCAUCAGCUCAUCCACAGCAGUGACAAACCGUACAGCUGUGCCGACUGCGGCCAGAGCUUCACCACAAGAACUUCGUUCAUCCGGCAUCAACUCAUCCACAGCGGUGACAAACCAUACAGCUGUGCUGACUGUGGCAAGAGCUUUGCCCGUAGAUACCAGCUGACCCAGCACCGCCAUGUGCACAGCAGUAAGAAUCCUUCCACCUGUGCCGAAUGCAGACAGAGCUUCAUCAGCCAGUCUGGCCUCAGCCAGCACUGCUGCCCUCACACCGGUGAGAGGCCAUAUAGCUGUGCUGACUGUGGCAAGACCUUCACUGACAGCAGCGGGCUCACCAGGCACCGCAGUGUGCACAGCACUGAGAAGGCCUUCACCUGCAGGGACUGUGGCAAGAGCUUCAAACACAGUUACAAUCUCACUCUUCACUGCCGCAUCCACACUGGAGAGAAGUUGUUCCCCUGUUCUGAGUGCGGCAAGAACUUCACCACGAGUACCAGACUCAUCCACCACCAACUCACCCACAGCGGUGAGAAACCUUUCACCUGUGCCGACUGUGGCAAGACCUUCACCCGCAGGAGCAAUCUCAUUUACCACCGCCACAGCCACACUGAAACUCUGUCCUGAGUUGCCACAUAACCGGUGACCCACAUCAAGCUUCUCAUCAGUCUUGGUGUCACAGCAGCCUUAUCACAG